AUUUUAUUCAUAGUAUUGAAUGAUCUAUCUACACGAAGUCUGCAGCAAUCACAUAGGGAAACUAAAGAUAUACAAUAAUAGAAUAUAUACAAUUAAGAUUUGUUUCCAUAACAGCCAAGAAUGACAAGGAUUUUGUUUUAUAAACGUUGGGAGGAGUUCUCGCAAAUUGAUCGGAAUUGAGAAGAAAUAUUCAUCCCUUUGAUAAGGGCACGGAAGAGCAAGGCAAAAGAGGAUAAAGAGAGAAAAGAGGAUGAACAUGAUGAGAAUGUUUUAUCAUAUAUUGAUAUGUUGUUGGAUCUACAACUCCCAGACGAGAAGAGAAAGCUUGAUGGGCGUGAAAUUGUGAGUUUGUGUGCAGAGUUUCUUGAUGGUGGCACUGAUACCACAGCCACAGCAUUGCAGUGAACCAAGGCGAAUUUCGUUAAGUGCCUGAAUAUCCAAGAGAAUCCCUAUUCAUGGAGAUCAAAAGGGUUGUGGGAGAUAGAUAGGAAGAAGUGGUAGGAGAAGAUGAACUGCAUAAGAUGCCUUAUUUAAAAGCGGUGAUUUUAGAAGGACUAAGACGCCACCCUCUGGACACUUUGUGCUACCACACAGAGUGACAGAAGAUGUGGUUCUAAAUGGCUUUUUGGUGCCCAGAAAUGGGACAGUAAAUUUCCUGAUAGCAUAGAUGGGAUGGAACCCGAAAGUCUGGGAAGAUCCAAUAGCUUUCAAGCCUGAAAGGUUUCUGAAUGGUAGUCAGGAAUUGUUGCAUAUUACUGGCAGCAAGGAGAUCAAGAUGAUGCCAUUUGGAGCAAGGAGAAGGUUCUGUCCUGGCUAUUCUCUGGCCAUGCUUCAUUUGGAAUACUUUGUUGUCAAUUUGGUCUGGUGUUUUGAAUGGAAGGCUGUUCAAGAGGAUGAUAUCGAUUUGUCAGAGAAGGAAGAGUUCACAGUUAAAAUGAAGUUUCCACUGCAGGCUCGUAUAUAUCCGAGGACUAAGCAAAGCUAUUACAGUUGUUAUAAAGUUUCCAUUGCAGACUGCAGCUAUGUAUAAUAAGGUUGUUAUUUGAAAUGAUUUUCUUUUCGUGGAUUCCAGAGAAACCAUGCAUAAAUUAAUUUACAUCAAAUUGUAUUGGAAGUCCAUCAAGAAGAACAGUGUUUUUUCAUAGUUUUUCUUAUCAAUGUUUGUAAUAUUUUUACAUUUUUUUCCUCUAUAUACUAGAACAAAUGAUUCAAGCCUGU